UAUUGAAUUUAUAAAUAUGUGAAAAAAAUUAUGGAUGAAUAUAUAUCGAAGGAAUUUUAGUGUAUUCUAAUGUUUUAACCGCACAAAAAAAAUAAACAAGAUGUAAUUUUAAAAGGCUAAAAAAUUCAGUGAAUGGAAUUUUUAAUAAGACUUGUUGGAGUAAAGUAGAACAAAAAAAAGUCUGCGAUUUACUCCACCCCUGCUUUAUAAAUAUAAGUGUUUUUGUUUCAAUUUUUUUGAUAUUAGAAUAAUUUACUACCAUAAAGUAUAUUACAAAAGUGAUAGUACAAAGCGCGCUACUCUUAGGAGUGCUGCAGCGGAAAGCAACAAAUUAACGCUAAAAUAAUAUUGCGAUGGAGAACGAAUCUUUGAAAUCAGAACAUAGUGGACGUUCAAGGCGCUCAAGAAAUCAUAACAAUAAUAAUAGCAAUAACGGCGGAAGUGGUUCAAUAAAUAACGGCUAUCAUCGUGAUCGUACGCGCCAUUCACAUCGUAGCAGCAAAUCUGGUAAGGGUGGCCAACGUAACGAUAUGGCACCAUAUCAGACUACUGUUAAUGUAACAGGUGAGGAAAAUCGUGAUGGUCAAGAAAUUAUUGAGGUACAGAUCUUACCGCAAGAUGAAAAUUGGGGCGAAAAUACAACAGCUGUCACAGGCAAUACAUCUGAACAAAGCAUUUCGAUGGAGGAUAUAAAUAGUGCUUGGCAUCGUGAAGCUGAUGCCGGUUUCGGUUUUGUUUGUAAACGCUAUCUACAAUCGACAUUUUCGUUUCUAUUAGCAUUUGCAUCCUUUUUUUCACCAAUUGCAAUGGUUGUAAUGCCACGUAUGGGAUUUUUUCCAUCCGCAUUUGAUCAUCCAGAACUAACACAAACUGUGCGAACACAUUUGCUUGCUUGUAGCAGUGAAUGCAAAGGAUUGCUAGUAUCACUCACAGUUAGGCUACUAUUGCUUGCCAUCGGUUUGUGGGCUUUAUUUCUUAGACGAUGUUCUGCCACAAUGCCUCGCAUAUUCUUAUACCGUGCUGUUGUGUUACUGCUUGUUACCAUAUGCACAUUUGCAUAUUGGCUCUUUUACAUUGUGCAGGUUACUAACGGUGCCAAAAUAAUUGUUGAGACAGGUGGCGAUGCAGUUGAUUAUAAAUCACUUGUAGCUUAUGCUACAAAUCUGGUAGAUACACUCCUUUUUAUACAUUAUAUUGCCGUAGUAUUACUUGAGCUACGUCAUAAUCAACCAAUGUAUUAUGUUAAAAUUAUACGCUCACCAGAUGGUGUUUCCCGUUCUUAUAUGAUGGGGCAACUAAGCAUUCAAAGAGCUGCUGUCUGGGUGUUGCAACGAUAUUACGUAGAUUUUCCCAUAUUUAAUCCAUAUCUCGAACGAAUACCGAUAUCAAAAUCACAACGCAAUAAAAUCUCUACUAGUUUCAAAUAUUAUGAAGUCGAUGGUAUUGGCAAUUCACAGCAACAAAGUCAGAGUCGUGCAGUUUUAGCUGCAAAUGCACGACGUCGUGAUUCUUCGCACAAUGAAAGAUUUUAUGAAGAACAUGAAUAUGAACGUCGUGUCAAGAAGCGUCGUGCACGUCUUAUUACCGCUGCUGAAGAGGCAUUUACACAUAUUAAACGCAUACAUAAUGAACCAGCACCAGCUGUACCACUAGAUCCUCAAGAAGCAGCACAAGCAGUCUUUCCAUCUAUGGCACGCGCUUUGCAAAAAUAUUUACGUGUAACACGUCAACAACCGCGACAUACAUUUGAAAGCAUACUCAAGCAUUUGGCACAUUGUCUUAAACAUGACUUAUCACCACGCGCAUUUUUAGAACCAUAUCUAAGUGAAUCACCAGUAUUGCAAAGUGAAAAAGAACGUCGAUGGAUACAAUCUUGGUCACUCAUAUGUGACGAUUUAGUAUCCAGGCCUGUUUCUAAUGAGUGUACUUUUCAAUUGAUACAAAAUGAUGUAUCAAUAAUGGUACAAAUUAAUAAGCUACCUCAUUUUAAUAUUGCCGAAGAGGUAGUCGAUCCAAAGAGCAAUAAAUUUGUAUUAAAGCUUAAUUCCGAAACAUCGGUAUGACAACAGACUAUGACGCCAACACCCACACAUAGCAAUAUAACACAAUCAUCUUAUCUACAUGUAUUUGUGUAGAAUAAGCAAUAAUUUCAUUUCUACAUUAAAUAUGAUAUCAAAACAUGCUCAAACCCAGUGAAUCCUACAAACACAUAUCAAAAUAUUUUUACACAAAUAAUUACUAAUAGUUUAAAAAGUAUUACUGAAAGAACACGACUUUAUUUGUUGUUCAAAGUAACAAACUUCCAAGUAAUUAAGCAUUUAUUUUAUUAUUUUUUAUAUUAAUUUAAAGUUAGGAAAGUACUUAACUUAAUUUUAGAUAACAUAAUUUAUAAACAAGGAGUGUGAACCGUUUCUGAACUGAACCAGCUUAAUAUUGGUACCAAUGAUUUGUUAAUGUAAUUGAUCUUCAAUAGAGGAGUUGUUGUUGUAACCCGCUGGGAACGGUAAGGAUAUACAAGACGAUUACAUGACUGGAGAAAUGAUCAGUAGAGGAGUCGUGCAUUUUAGUGUUUUCUAUGCACUGAUCACUGUGGUCUGUUGAGAGGUCUUUCUGAUUUGCGUAUAAAUAACACUCAAGUGGGCUUUGGCAUACAAGAAUACCUAAUGUGAUUCUUAUGACUGAACAAACCAUUAGCAACGCUUUACGAAUGUAUUAAACAAGUUCAAAAAUUUAUACGGUUCACAAUCCUGUUAGUAACUAUAACUUUCCAAUUUUGAAAGAAGUAUGAAACAUUGACAUACCAUAUCACUAUAUUAUUUAUACUACUUAAGCAAAAAAGUAAGUGUUAAAUUAUAACGAAAAUACGACGAGGAGUAUUCAGCUACGCUCAGUAACUCACUAAAGUUUUAUAAUUAUAUGUAUUAUUGCUUUUGUAAAAUUACAACGUUACCUUAUCAUUAAAUACGAUAAUUAUUCGGUAUUCGGUAAAAUUUCAGUUGAUGAUUAUCAGUUUACAAAAAUAGAU